AUGAAAAAUAGGCAAGAAACAGUGGGAAGAAACAGCACGACAAUCACUGGAUUCAUUCUCCUGGGCUUUUCUGACAUUCCCAGCCUGAAGCACUUAUUUUUUUCAGUGUUUCUGGUGACCUACAUAGUCACCUUGGCUGGAAACCUUCUAAUCAUUGUCCUCACAUUGGCUGACCCAGCCCUUCACAUCCCCAUGUACUUCUUCCUCAGGAACCUGUCCUUCUUGGAGAUGUGCUACACAUCAGUCAAUGUCCCCAAGAUGCUUGGGAAUCUGUUCUCUGGGGAUAAAGCCAUCUCUUUCAUUGGCUGUGCUAUGCAAACCUAUUUCUCUUUUUUCCUUGGUGGGUCAGAGUGUUUUCUCUUGGCGUUCAUGGCCUACGAUCGCUAUGUUGCAAUAUGCAAGCCUCUGCAUUACCCCGUGGUUAUGAACAGGAAGGUGUCCACUGGACUGGUUGCUGGAUCCUGGCUCAGUGGUCUCCUCAUGUCCUUUGGUCACACCAGCAUGGUAUUCACCCUACCCUUCUGCAGAUCCCAUGAGAUUAAUCAUUUCUUUUGUGACAUCCCUCCACUGCUGAAGCUGGCGUGUGGAGACAUCUCCCGCAAUGAAAUGGCUGUCUUCAUCAUGGCUCUGUUCUUUGUCAUCUUCCCCUUCAUGCUAAUCCUCAUGUCCUACGUCUGCAUCAUCUCCACCAUCCUGAGGAUGCCAUCGGGGGAGGGCAGGAGGAAGUCCUUCUCCACCUGCUCCUCACACCUCAUGGUGGUGACAGUGUUCUAUGGCGCCGCUUGUGUUAUGUAUCUGAAGCCUAAUUCCUCCUACUCACCAGACACAGACAAGUUUCUCUCUCUGUUCUACACAGUCAUCACGCCCAUGCUAAACCCCAUCAUCUACAGCCUGAGGAACAAGGAGGUGAAGGGUGCAUUCUGGAGAAUGGUGCGGAGAAGAAGGUUCCAUUGA